GUAACUUUUGGCGCUCAGUAUUUUCCGUGAUGUUUGCCGCCACAACACCUGGCUCCAUAAUGACAGCCGAAUCCUCCUCUCACCAACUGGUAGGGUACGUCACUAAAAUGUACCCUACAUUCGGAUAUAUCAAUAACGAAAUUUUUUUCCAGAGAAAGUGUGUAAUUGGUCCUAUGGUUGAGGUAGGAGAUAAUGUUGCUGCAAGCGCAGUUUAUCAACCUCACAUGCCUAUAAAGUGGAGUGCCGAAAAAGUCUGGCGGGUUGAGGAACGUCGCGGGAAAUCUAGAGAUAAAGCAGAAGAAAGCAGCUACUGGAAGAGCCAGUCCCCGCGUAAACACUCUCCACGUGAUAACUACACUAAACCAGCAUCACGUGAACGAGAUGUUCAUCCAUCCAGCAGCGAUCAGCGACGAGUAGAUAAGAAGCGUUCUCAUGUUCUCAACAGAGAUGACCACUCAAUCAAAAAAUCUCCGAAUCGUGAUCGAAGAAGAACUCCUGUAGAUUCUGUUUCAACGCGACACUCCUCUCCCACGACUGACUUGUAUUGUAGGACUCCGAUCAACCCCAAACGUAUGCUGAAUGUGAAAGAGUACUUGUUCUCAGACCUACAAAGACGCUUCCCUAAUGUUCUCCCGCCAGUUGACUUGUAUCGGGUUAGAUGCAAUUGGCAAGAAUCAUUCCCAUUACUGCGACCUUUUCAGCCUCAAUACCUUACAACUUUCCAGAUAAUUAAAGAACCUGAAGACGCUUGUGACGAUGUGCAUCAUUCUUACAACAGUGAUAGUGGUUUUGCUGCGUAUGUCUUACUUUUGUCACUCCCGGCAAUGGCAGAACUAAUGGAGAAGAUAUUUGUCCGAGCAGAGUCGCCUAGUCGUGUACGCGGCUCACUACGUAAGUACAUCAAGAUACUAGCUGCUGGAAAGGUUGAUGAAAGACUCAAGGCUAUUGGAGGUUCGUGGAGUCGUGAUUUAGACGGGCCAGACCCAGCUACAAAUCCUCAAACUCUUGUCAACACGGCUAUUCGUAAUUGUAAACAACUUAUUGGUCUCGAUUUAUCGUAUUGCACACAGUGGCACCGUUUCCUGGAGUUCCGCUAUAGUCAUACUGAAGGUUCAACUGCCCAACCAACCUCAGUCUUAUUUCCUGGCUCUCAACUUUGGGGUCGACCCGUCACAGAAUCUCCUGAAUCUGAUAUGAUUCCUCCAAGCAAACCAUUUCAUCAAAUUGUCGUAUAUUUUAUUCCAAAUGUUUGGUCACUCAUGCCUACAGACGAAGAAUGGUCGACUGUAAAGCUGGCUUAUGAAAAUAUCUUGGCUUCAAAAGAACCUAACGUAUUUCCAAUGACUCCUUCCAACUUGAAGAAGUUUUCUGGUUUAGAAUCUGCUUUUAAGGGAACUGGUGACGGGAAAUUUAAUGUGGCGAUUGAACUGGAUUCAAAUUCACUGAAAUCACCUACUCAAGACAAUACAUAUGAAGAUUCCAAUGUGUCUAAAAUGGAUGAAGGCAACAAGUCAACCCUUCAAGCGCCUGUUGAAUUCCAUCGCUCUACCCCGUAUUUGGCUGGUCAGGAAACUGUUCCAAAAAUAGCAAUUAUCUCCGAGACAGAGGAUGGGUCCGAAUCUGUGGAUUUAGCAGCUCAAGGAAAUCCAAAUCAGGAGGGAACUGAUAAAUGCCAGAAAAAGCUUCAUACUGAACUUAACUUAGCUAGCAUGAAGGUUUCCGAACUGCGUGAACAGUUAAAAGCUCGUAAUUUGCCUACUGAGGGAGUAAGAGCUCAGUUGUUGACUCGUCUCAAAACGGCAAUCCAAGAAGAAGAAGAAAAGGAGUCGGCUAAGAAGGCUGAAAAAGAAAAAAUGGAGCAGGAAAAAACAUUACAGUCUGUGACUAUUGAUAAGUCACCCCAAGUUUCAGAAGAACAAAUAAAACCUUCAAAUACGGAGUCUGGAUCUAAACCAUGGACGGAUGCACCUAAGUUGACUCUCCGUGAUCUCCCUUCAAUAAUAAUCUUACGCAAGAAAACUGUCGACUUCACCGUACAGUCAGUUGGGCUUGAUGUUGUCAUGGAUUCAAAAUCUGAUUUUAUGGACUGUAGAUCAUAUGAAUUCAUGUUUUGCAUCCACACAAUCUUUGACAUGCUUCGCAGAGAUUCCGUAUUCACUUUAUUUCGUGCCCUUGUUACGGCUGCAGAUAGAGGAAUUUGCGCAAAACCUAGGAAACGCAGUGAACCAGAUUAUGUAGCUAAACGUGCUCGUUUAGAGCGUAAUGAAAGGACAUCUCUGGCAAAAGACGAGGAAUUUAAGGAAACUCCAUUGUAUACGACCGAUCUACCAUUGCUUUUUGCAUGCACAGUACUGGAUACAAGCUAUAAGAGUUAUUUCCUCUCGUCGGAGGUCGAGGACUUCAUUCUUUCACUAGGCUUGCCUAUCUCUCGAUAUCAGCUUCGAUCUCUCAUAUACAAAGUUCUUGAUCAUGGUCGUUUCCACUACCGUUCCUUGACGGAUUCAGAAGAACCUCUUUCUUUAGCGAAUAAAUCAUCUGUUAUAUUCUCCGAUAUAGACGAUGAUGAAUAUUUACUGGAACUUGUACGUGGAGGUGAUGCUAUUUUAGACGACCAAAUAGAUGCGCAACCUAGCGGAAGCAUCGUUGUACUUCAAAAGUCUGGCGAAUCAUUUAAUUCUCAGGCUAUCCAUCCCGAGGAAUAUCUCGGUCAUAUAAGAACGUCAGAACGCGAACACUCCAAACUGAUGACUCAAAUCCGACUUCAAGAACAGGAAAUUGAUAUGUAUUGAUUCGUCACAUACUGAAUCUUAAUGAACCAAUCAGACAGUAUUGGCCCUAACACUUAUGCCUCUAAUACGUCCUGUCAUUCCAAGCAGAUCGGUCGAAGAACGGUAAUUCUAAAUUCAGUAACUUAAAGUCUCAGGCCUAAUUCAUAAUGUAGACUGUAUAGAUGUGCUCGAUAAACGUCUUCCGCAGCACAAGUUAAAACGCUAUGCUCUAGUGCAAAUACCCGAUUGCUUACGUCUUACUGGACGCCGUAAUGAAACACAAUUGACCUCUUUAAGUUCAGCUCGACGUUAAAAAGUACCCGUCAAGAACAACUAGGAAACAUUGAACAAUGAUCCACUCUCAACCCAGGAGGCCAGAACGGUGGGCUAGACACUUUGAAGAACUGUUUAACUACUCUGCAUCUACCCUUCGGUUACCCACUUUUACCAAGCAACCUAGAAUGUCAGCACAAGCCAUUCAACUCUUAAAGAGGUAAAAAAAAAGCUAUACCUAAUCUAAACCGAGACAAAGGAGUAUUCCCUAAUGUAAUAACCCGGAGAUCUCUAAGGGUGAUGUUCCAAUUAUGGCCAUUAGAUUGACUGGGAUCUUGGCUAGAGUCGGGGAAGUAGAUUUAAUUCCACCUGACUAGUCUCAAUCACUGAUCGUUCCAGUCUAUAAGAAAGAACAAAGAUCCUCUUGUUGUAACCACAAAGGAAUCAGAUUGAUUAAUAGUGUCUAAAAUAUAAACCUCAUUAAUCAUAUGACGGUUAUCUAAGGUUUAUGGGGAGUAAACUCGAGGAAAGCAAGAUGGUUUCAGACUUAGACGUGGUUGUGUAAACCAAACAUUCGCUCUUCGCCAGACUCUGGAACACAAAUAUACCAACUAACUCUCAAGCAUGGUUGUAUCUCCUGACCUUAAGGCGGCCACGUUCAACUCCGUAGAUCGGCGAGUUUUUGAGUGUCUUUCAUUGAAAGGCGUACCAAGACCUUGUGAAGGCUUUCUAUUCAAACACAGUUGAUCGAGUCGAAGUCCACUAUCUCCAUUUUUAUUUGAUUUUAUCAUUGAUAUCCUUCUGGAAAUAAUAUUUUCUCCAAUUGACUUUCCGGGGGUCGAUCUCCUGCCAGGAUGUUCGUCUAAUGACUUGAAAUACGCAAAUGGCAUAGUUCUGUUUGAUGAAGAAGCUGACAAAAUCCAGUUUUAUAAUUGACUUGGAAAACAACGUUAGCAUGUAAGUGAUGCGUUUCCCAUACUGAACCUAAUGUUGUUAUGACUCAUCAUCGUUUGUGGACGCGCAGACACAUAUAUUCUUCUUGUUUUUGUCUUACCUCGUGUCCUAACAUUGUUUCCUUUAUAUUUAACUUCGUCUAGCGCUUCUGAUAUAUGUAAUGCCACCAUCAUUCUGUUAUUUAUCCUUACAUGUUUAUUCUCAUUGUGUUCAUAUAACGUGGCAAAUAGAAUCAAUGCAUACAUGUCGUGCUCUACGUUACAUUUAAAUGACUGACAAAAUGUCACGUGGUCGUUUUAUCUGUGUUUUACAUUUUUUGCAGCCCGUCUACGUGAAUCUGUUGCGGACUUCUCGGAACUGAAAGAUAAGUUGUCGAGAACUUCUUCAAGUAUGGAGGACUAUCGAAGACGAUAUAGGGAUGAACGGGACAAAGUUGACUCUCUAGCUCGUGUUUUGGAACAACAGGCAUCUGUUCUUGAUGCCUGUCGAUCGGCACUUCGACAAGCAUCCAGUCGUUUUUAUAUUCGUCACUCGGUUAGUGAGUCAUCUAAACAACUCAAGCGUUCAUUGUCACCUUGUUCAGUAUCUAGUAACAAGGAAUCUGUCAAGUCUACAAAGAAACUUAAUACUUCAGAUUCAUUUAAAAACGAUCUGUCAUUAUCUGAUUCGCUGAACGUAAGAUUUUUUUCUUUUUAGACUUCUUCACAUUUUUGCAAAUUUAUUCAAUUAAUUUAUUUCACUACAGGAAGGAAAUGUUCCUAAAGUUGCGGAAAUUGAUUUUGCUACAGUCAAGAAUGUGUGUGAACAAACUACUAUGGUUUCAAACGUCAGUUCCGAUGUUUCAGAAUAUGUAAGUGUGUAAAUAAAAGUUACAUUGGUCCUCUUCUUAACCGUCUUAAUCCGAUUACUACUGUUUCAUCUUUGUAUCGAUCAUCCGCUUAUGAUUCUAAAGAUAUUUUACCAUGUUGCACUGGUCAUAGUGUUACCUACAGUCGUCAUGUUUUGUGAAAGUACCUAAGACUUGAAUUUUCAUGUGCAUAAGAGUCGGUGUUUUCUAUAAGUAUGCAGGCGCUACUGAUAUUAUUCUCAGUAGGUUGUUCUUUCUCGUUACUUAGCCCUUAUAAACUAUUUAUCGUAACCAAUCUACAUAAUUUAUUUUCGAUUUUUAUCAUCCGAGUUUUUGAACUUUAGUAACUUUCAGUGACCGAAUAAAAUCAUUAUCAAAUGUUAUAUUUGUAAGAUCAACAUUCUCAGGCUAUAUACACUGUCUUAGCGGAAAAAAGCAAGUCUUUCAAAUUUCCUGAGUGUGAACGUCACCUGUAUGACCACUAUUCGUCAAAAUAUGUAUGACGCACGGCUGUUCGAAUUAAGGUCCUGGUAAUUUUUGGUUUCGUUUUAAAAAAGGCUGACUUUAUCGAUGCAAGUAGCUCAGUAAUUUAGAAAUAACAGUCAAUCAAACAUCUUAAUCUUGAAUUGCACAUGGCUUCUAAAGAAUUUCUCAUUUAUUUUUUACUGUGUAGAUCUGUCUGAUCGGUUAGUGCAGUCUUACCAUUUUGUUCUCUUUCUAUAACGAACUGGUUUUCGGUGCUUUUUUCAAAUCUAGUAAUUUCCAUAUAAUUUUAUUAUAGAUUAUGAAUGGAUUAAAAACAGAAGCUUUGGUUCCAUGCAACGCCAACGAGAAUGCUUCAACAGCUGUUGAUCAAAAAUGUUCCAUUGUCCCUACAGGAAUAGAACCCCAAAUUACUUUAAGUAUGUUAUCUGUCGUCUUUCAUUUUAAUUAUCCGAAAUUCGUUCUCACUGCAUACUAAUAAACUCUAAUUUUAGGUUCAAGUGAAUGAAACUGAAUACGCCGCUUGUGGAUCCGUUUGGUGAUUAUUAGCUAUCCGUGCUACUGUUCAUUAAAAAUAAACACAUGAAAGCUUGGUUUUUAUUUUCAAAACUAAUUAAAAUAUACAUUUGUCUUGUUU